AUGGCGGCGGACGCGCGGCCGGGGCCCGGCCCGGGGAGGCUUCAUGGCGAGCGGCGGAGCGGAGCUGCGAGCCCUCUACGGCUGGCUGGACACCGUGCCCCUGUCCCGGCCACGCAGGAACAUCGCACGGGACUUCAGCGACGGGGUGCUCGCAGCCGAGGUGGUGAAGUUCUUCUUCCCCUCCAUGGUGCAGCUGCACAGCUACGUGCCCGCGAGCUCCACGCCGCAGAAGCUUGCCAACUGGGGCCAUCUCAACAGAAAGGUGCUGAGCAAGCUGAACUUCUCUGUCCCGGAUGAUGUGGUCCAGCAGGUGGUGCAGUGCCGGCCGGGAGCGGUGGAGCAGGUCCUUCUCCUGCUGCGGCAGAAGAUUGAGGAGAGGCAGAAGCAGAUCAAGGUGGUGUCCAUCACAGGCCAGGAUUUGGGUGGACAGGAAGAGGUCAGCUACCUGGAGACAGGUUACUGCAAGGCGAAGGGUGGCACAGGAGGAGGCUGUGCCCAGGAGUCUGCCAGGGCUGCAGGGUUGAAGAAGAGCCACCAUGGCUAUGUGCAACCUCCUCCAGAGGGCGCUGAUGUCCACCUGCAGCUGGCAGAGAGGGAACAGGCCCUACUCCUGGCACAGGAGACCAUCCAGAUCCUGCAGCUGAAGGUGGCAAGGUUGGAGCAGCUGCUGCAGCUCAAGAACGUGCGGAUAGAUGACCUCAGCCGUCGACUCCAAGCCCAGUGCCACCGGUAGUGAGACGACCCCCCGUACUGCCAGCCUCACCUCUCCCACCUGUGAGACCUCCUGCUGAGCUGGAAGGAGCCAUCCCAGUGCCUCUCAGUUGCCCUGGUUCACAGGAUGGACUCUCAAGGACCAGAGGUGGCAGAUUCAGAAACAGAGACAUUGUGCCCACCUCAGAGAUUGCUGUUGGUGGCAGUGUGGUGUCACUGCUCAGCUGCCCAGGCUGGGGAAGAUGUUGUGCUGGCAGAUGCUGGAAUUUAAUCUCUUACCCAAA